CAGUGCUGGCAACCUGUCACCGCCGAGGACGUGACUCCGAGCUGCCUCCGCUCUCUCCAAGCCCUAUUCCUUUAAGAUGAUGUAAUAGUCAUUUCCCUGGAUGGUUUCUUGCCUGCACUGCUCACACAACAGCAUCCGAACUGCUCCUGGCACCGUGGGACCUCCCAGCUCCGGAACCCGAACCCGGCAGGCAUCUCCCCUCCGUCCCUGCUUUUUUUCGCUAACUGGCAGGGAUAUGGGCGUCCCUUUGCCCUUGCCGGCAGAUGGGGUGGCUACUGCGACCCUAGCCAGGCGCAUUUGUCUGUUUGUCUGCUUCCAGGCUCUCUGAAUGCCUCUAAGUCCAGGUACCUCUUGCAACUCUCCAAGGUGUAAAGGAUCUGACAUAAAGAUUUGGAUUUUGGGUUUUCUUUUCUUUCUUCUUUUUUCCCCCUGCCGAAGCUUUGGUUGAAUAAUCCUUUCUCUGCUUCACUUCUUCGACUCAACCUCCUCACGACUCAACUUUUUUUUUCCCCUGCGAUCCCUUUUAACUAGAGAUUUGGGAGUGAAUACCUACGUACACACACACACACACACACACACACACACACACACACACACACACACGUACAUCUAGGAGCGCAUAAGUGCAGUGCUGAAUCGUUUGUUCUCCGAGAGCCCCUCUCUCUGACACUUUUCAUCGAUACCUCUGUCCUUUACCUAUUUGGAAUUUGACAAGAGAUCCAGAGCCACUGUGGCUCUGGUUUCAGAUUGCUCUGGAGAUUAUUUCUUCCACAAGAACUGAGUAUCCAGCACUCGCUAAGAUUUACAAACAGGAGCGAUGUGAGCAGCAGCUGGCUGGAGACAGUGGCAUACGGAUAAACUUAAAGACAGUGCAGUCUGAGGGAAGCACUAACUCAGACAGAUCUCCGAGUAACCGGGCACUUGGCCUUCUUGCCUAGCCAGCCUAAUGGAAGACGGAAUGUAGACAAGCUGAUUGUUAUAUCCUGUGAAGUGGUAGCUCACUACCAGACAGCUUUAAACUCCCUCCCUGCCCAGCAUCACUUCACCUGUGGACUCUCCUAAAAUUUGCUUUGUUGGGGGAAUAAAGAGUGAAAGCCUGGUAAAAAGGAGGUCAUUCUGAACAGGUUAGCACCUCUCCCCUCCCUUACAACUGGAUGCAAAGCCUGAGGCUGUAACUCCCUUGGAUUGCACCUUUAAGUCCAGGAAUCUGCAGAAAAAAGAGACAAUGGCUCUGAGUGGGAACUGUAGUCGUUAUUAUCCUCGGGAUCAAGGGGCUGUGGUUCCCAACUCCUUCCCUGAAGUCAUAGAGCUGAACGUUGGGGGCCAGGUGUACUUCACCCGUCAUUCCACGUUAAUAAGCAUCCCCCAUUCCCUCUUAUGGAAAAUGUUUUCCCCAAAGAGAGACAGCGCUAACGAUUUAGCCAAGGACUCCAAGGGGAGGUUUUUCAUCGACAGAGAUGGCUUCCUAUUCCGUUAUAUUCUGGACUUUCUCAGGGACAGGCAGGUAGUCCUGCCUGAUCACUUUCCAGAACGGGGAAGGCUGAAAAGAGAGGCCGAGUAUUUCCAGCUCCCUGACCUCGUCAAACUCUUGGCCCCUGAGGAAGUCAAGCAAAGCCCCGAUGAAUUCUGCCACAGUGACUUUGAGGAUGGCUCCCAAGGAAGUGACACAAGAAUUUGCCCCCCCUCUUCACUGCUCCCUCAUGACCGCAAGUGGGGUUUUAUUACUGUGGGUUACAGGGGAUCCUGUACCUUGGGCAGAGAGGGGCAAGCAGAUGCCAAGUUUCGGAGAGUUCCCCGGAUUUUGGUUUGCGGAAGGAUUUCCUUGGCAAAGGAAGUCUUUGGAGAAACUCUGAAUGAAAGCAGAGACCCAGACCGAGCCCCAGAAAGAUACACCUCCAGAUUUUAUCUCAAGUUCAAACACCUGGAAAGAGCUUUCGACAUGUUGUCAGAGUGUGGAUUCCACAUGGUGGCCUGUAACUCCUCGGUGACAGCAUCUUUUGUCAACCAGUACACAGAGGACAAGAUCUGGUCAAGCUAUACCGAAUACGUCUUCUAUCGUGAGCCUUCCAGGUGGUCCUCCUCUCAUUGUGAUUGCUGCUGCAAGAAUGGCAAGGGAGACAAAGGCGAGAGUGGCACCUCUUGCAAUGACCUCUCCACUUCCAGCUGCGACAGCCAGUCAGAGGCCAGCUCUCCCCAGGAGACGGUGAUCUGUGGUCCUGUAACGCGCCAGAGCAAUAUCCAGACUCUGGACAGGCCCAUUAAGAAGGGCCCGGUGCAGUUGAUUCAACAGUCCGAGAUGAGGCGGAAAAGUGACCUGCUUAGGACUCUGACUUCGGGCUCCAGGGAGUCGAACAUAAGCAGCAAAAAGAAAGCUGCGAAGGAAAAGCUCUCCAUUGAAGAAGAGCUGGAGAAGUGCAUCCAGGAUUUCCUGAAGAUAAAAAUUCCAGAUCGCUUCCCGGAGAGGAAACAUCCCUGGCAGUCUGAACUUUUACGGAAGUAUCAUCUAUAGGGGAGGGCUGGGGGUAGUCACCACUUUGAAAUAAACCUCCCCAAAGGAACACAUAUGUUAAAGGAAAAGUAACAACUAAUGAUCCACAUUUGUUAGAACACAAUAGUCCAUUGAUGUGCUACUGCCUACUUUAACUAGCUCACCUUAAUGUGUAAAUCCACAGGGUAGAUUUCUUUGCAGAUGUGGUACCAGAAGCAAGCUCUUGUGUUGUCCUUUGUCUUUUAUUAACUUGAACCCAGCUACAUGUGAGUAGCUCACAAGCUUUGGGGGUCAUCUAUCCCAAACUGUUUCCCCCUCCCUCUCUUUUUCUGCCUCCUUCCUUUGGCCAAGGAUAGGGGAAGAGAUAGGACCCAUUGCACAUGUCAAGCUUUUUAAUUGUUCUUUCCUUUUAUUUAUGGGGUUUGGGAAGAAUGGCAAAUUUGUAUGAUUUUUCACUUAUAUCUCUAUGUGCCAGUUUCUAUUGACUCUGUAUGCAUGAGUACUUGUGCAACACAAGCACAAUAUAUGUCUGUAUAUAUGCACAACGGAUGCACAUGACACAGGACCUGGACUACAAAGGGCUGACACCCUGCUGCCAGCUGCCCCCACAAGAGCACUUCAGACAAAGAAACCUCUGCCUCUUUAUGUAAACCCUCCUGGGCAGAUUUCCCAGCCUCUCUUGGCAACACUUCCUAAUGCUGAGUAGGCUCCCAUCAUCAACAAAUUCUCUUUCUUAUUUUGAAAUAAAUAACCUCAGGCUCCUUGGCAUUGUUGUACUCUCUCCCUACAUGAGGAGACAGUGAGAUGAGCUAGUGGGACAUUGUUCAUGUUUAUCAAACAAGCACAUAUCCCCAUUCAUAAACAUAGCUUUGACACUCCCUGCACUCAGCCUUCGCCAUUCUUACUUGUCAAUCACCAUUCUCUGCCGGACUCAGAGUGCUAACUUGCCCACAUUUUAUUGAUGAGGCCUUUUGUAUAAUUCAGGCAGGUUUGUUGCAUCCCCAUGAGUUGUAAAGCUAUGGACAACACCCAACAUCCAGUAAUCGAUGCAUCCAGCCUUCCGUUUGCUUGCUUUAGAGGAUUUGUACCCCGACAUGCUUCUUAAUUUCUCAUAGGAAUUUUAAACUAUAUCUGUACGUUGUUGCUUGCUUGUGGCCAGGCUUGGUUGCCUUUGGAUUCCUGGGGUUUGGCUAUGGCCGUACCAUGGUUUAGUUGUAUAAUUUCUAUGUCUGUAAUGACCCAAAUGGGUGGCUGGAACACAAAAGUUAUGAAUUUGACUUUUUAAGAUUUUUAAAAAAAAAUAUAUUCCUGGCCUGUAUAGAUACAGUCAAAAAGAAAUUGUUAACAAUGUC